AUGUCUCACGAUCCAGAGCCCGCGGCCCCUGUGACUAUAUUGCAGAAGAUUGUGACCCUCCAGCACAUUCAUUCUCUUUAUCUGGCCGCACAGCAAUCGCAACCGCCUCGCAAAGAUAUUUCAUUCAAUAUCCUACAGCUCCAAACCAUGAUAAACAAUAAUCCUUUAAUAAAUCCAGACUUCGACUUAUUGGACAUCAAGGGUUCUCUCGACGCGAUCAAGGAAAAGAAACAAAGUGGAGGAGCGGUCCAGAACAUUUUAACUCCAGUCCAGAUCGUUCAGGUGAUCUCAGAGAGCCUCUCUGGAGACACUGCCGAAGAACAGGUUAUAUCGCAAGUUCCUAAAAGUACCGUAUUCAGACUAUCAAACAAAGUGGAUAUCACUCUAGUCAAGGAUAGGUUGAUUAAGAUUUUGAACAGCUACAAGAAUGCCACAUUGGAAGAAAUCACUGCCAUGGAGGUCAAUUUCAAGGAGAAGAAGAAGGAAAUCAACCAGAUAGAAAAUGGUAAUAUCGAAGAUACAAGAUUGGUUCAAGAAUUCUCUAAAAACGUGGAAGAGAACAACGAUGAGACAUCCAAGGAGGAGAUUGCAGUCGACCAGAAUUCAUCUCAGCAGGAACUAGUGAAUAUGGUGAAGGAGAAACUUGAGUCUGAAGAUGGCAAGGAGAUCACCAAAGUUCUUCAAGACUUGUCGGAGAACCAAGAGAAAGACGAGAAAAUUGUUCUGGACGAAGAACAAUUGGAGAAAACGUUGCAAAUGGCCAAGAACGAAGAACAGGAAGAAGAAAAACAGAAACCUGCUCCGAAAGAACUCGCAUCUCCAACGCCAGAACCAGCGACUCCGACUACUCCAUCAAGUGGCGACGAAUUGCGUGGACGUAAACGGCGUGGGUCGGGAAGCGUUCCUCCAAAUUCUACAAAGCGGUUCAACGCCCUUUCGACACAACUUCUUACACAAAUCUCGUCUAACCGGUUUGCGUCGAUGUUCAUGCAGCCAGUGAACGAGAACGAAGAACCAGAUUACUACAAAGUGAUACGACACCCGGUGGAUAUCAAGAGUUUAGGAAAAGCGAUACGGACAAAAGAAAUAACAACAUUUGACGAGUUAGAAUUCGAGCUUCAACUGAUGUUCAGCAACGCAAUUAUGUACAACGAUAUGCAUCAGACAGAAACGUAUAAAUGGACCAUUGAAAUGAUGGAAGAAGCACAAAAUCUUCUCAAUCUAUUCCGAGAGUCCUCCAGCUGA